ACGUGUCUGUCUUCAUUAAUAAUUAGAUAGACGAAAAGAAAUUGCUGCAGCGUUUUAGAAAUAUGGCUUGUGGACCUUAAAUGGCUUCAAUGGUAUGCAUCAACACAGCUGGUAUAAUAGAAUAUUGAGCGAAGUAAAAACACCUUUGGUUGUUCCAUCCAACAUUUAAAUAAUAAUCUAUCAAGUUAUCGAUCGCCAUAAUAAACCAUUUCAGUAGCCGACUCAAAAUAAUUGAAUUGAUAUACUUUAGCACAUAUAUAAGUUGAACGAAUCCGAUAGAAACGUGGAAAUUUGCAUCGACACACCCAACACAAGCCGCCAAAAAUCAUUCCCACAAGCUCCAUCUUUAGUAGCCGCUGUAAGACGAUAUUUUGACCAAAUUCAGUUUUCACGAUGAGGGAAAUUGUACAUCUUCAGGUUGGACAAUGCGGAAACCAAAUCGGAGCCAAGUUUUGGGAAGUGAUAUCUGACGAGCAUGGCAUCGACCCGACAGGCAUAUAUCAUGGUGAUUCCGACCUACAACUCGAGAGAAUCAAUGUAUACUACAAUGAAGCUUUAUCUGGAAAGUAUGUUCCUCGUGCUAUUAUGGCCGAUCUGGAGCCUGGCACUAUGGAUUCCGUCCGAGCCAGUCCGUUCGGUCAAAUCUUUCGACCUGAUAACUUUGUCUUCGGUCAGAGUGGUGCUGGCAAUAAUUGGGCCAAGGGACAUUAUACCGAGGGUGCUGAGCUAGUAGACAGCGUUCUCGACGUGAUCAGAAAGGAAGCAGAAGGCUGUGACUGUAUGCAGGGAUUCCAGCUUACGCACUCCCUUGGGGGUGGUACUGGGGCUGGUAUGGGUACUCUAUUGAUCUCAAAGAUUCGAGAAGAGUACCCGGAUAGGAUAAUGAACUCAUUCAGUGUCGUUCCAUCACCAAAGGUGUCUGACACAGUUGUCGAACCCUACAAUGCCACUCUCUCCGUCCACCAGUUGGUGGAGAACACGGACGAGACGUUUUGUAUCGAUAAUGAAGCACUAUAUGACAUUUGCUUCAGGACUCUGAAACUAACCACACCCACAUACGGGGAUUUGAAUCAUUUGGUGUCGGCAACUAUGAGUGGCAUCACUACUUGCUUGCGGUUUCCAGGACAGUUAAACGCCGAUCUUCGAAAGCUUGCUGUCAACAUGGUUCCAUUCCCGCGUCUUCACUUUUUCAUUCCGGGAUUCGCACCGCUGAGCAGCCGUAGCUCGCAGUCCUUUAGAUCUUUGACCGUUCCUGAACUUACUCAACAAAUGUUUGACGCCAAGAACAUGAUGGCUGCUUGUGAUCCAAGGCACGGUCGAUAUUUGACUGUUGCAGCCAUUUUCAGAGGGAAGAUGUCGAUGAAAGAGGUUGACGAACAGAUGCUAAAUGUACAGAACAGAAACAGUUCUUACUUCGUGGAAUGGAUUCCCAACAACGUGAAGACCGCUGUCUGUGAUAUCCCUCCUCGUGGGCUCAAAAUGUCAGGCACUUUCAUCGGUAACAGCACUAGCAUUCAAGAGCUGUUCAAGAGAAUCGCGGAGCAGUUUACCGCCAUGUUUAGGCGUAGAGCUUUUCUUCAUUGGUACACUGGCGAAGGAAUGGAUGAAAUGGAAUUCACCGAGGCAGAAUCAAACAUGAACGACUUGGUAUCAGAAUAUCAGCAGUAUCAGGAAGCUACUGCUGAAGAUGACUACGAUGAAGAACCUGAGGAAGAGGUGUUUGAGGCUGAAGCCUAGCUCCUUAUUAAGUUUGUAACCAUAAAUUGUUGAAAUAAAAAAUAAUCGCGUAAUUUCAAAA